UAAGAAUAUACAAGUUAGUCCAGAACUAUGUCAAGAUACAUCAAACCCAUGUGAUGAGAGUCCAGAACCUAACAUCCAAGACCACUCACCUUCCACAAAAGAAGUGGUACAAGAAGAUGUACCACCGUCACAAGAUUCAGCUGCAGACCCGAGAGGACUUAAGAAAACUAGGGGUCCAACAAAAAUGAAAGAUAUUGCUGUGGAGCCUGGAAGUCGAAUUCAUGUUGAAUUUACUGAUAAAGGUGAACCAUGUGGUGAGGGCUCAGUUAGUUUGUCUUCUUAUUUAGGCCCACUUGUACGAGAACACGUACCUGUAACACUCCACGAUUGGAGGAAGCUUGGUGAUGAAAUAAAAGUAGUUUUGUGGAAAUCAAUUCAGUAUUAUGUUCCAUUACUCUAGCCUCACUCUGACAUACAAGUUAUUCAUACUAGCAUUUUAUAAUUUUGUUAUAUUGCUGCAUUACUUUGCUAAUGCUUUCUAAAAUAUUAGGUCGGUGAUCUCUAUUAUAAAUGACAAGUUUGGCUAUUUCAUACAAAAUUACCUCUAGCUUUCUUUGUUUCUUUUAUUAAAAUGUCUUCUAGCUAAUUGUAUAUAAUCUUCAGGCAAGAUUUGACUUGGAGGAGGAAUGGCAGAAGGCUGUCGUAUUUAAAUCGAUGGGAUGUAUAUGGAGGGCCUCAAAGUCAAGGUUAGUGAGCCAAAUACAGGAGGCCAAAAACAAAGGAGAAAGACUUCGACUGCAACCUAAGAACAUUCAAAGUAGAGCAGAGUGGAAAAGGUUCAUUCGUGCAAAAACUAGUCCAGCAUUUAAGGCUGUCAGUGAUAAGUAUAAGGCAAUUAGGCGCAAGCAAAUCCCACACACAUGUAGCCGAAAAGGAAUGGCUCGAUUGGCAGAAGAUAUGAAAAGGAAUAGUGCCGACCCUUCUUCUGUAUCUAGAGUAAAAGUUUGGAUCAGAUCACGUACCAGAAAGGAUGGUAAACCAGUAAACACUGAAGUUUCUGAAACUAUAGAGAGGGUGAAUGUAGUUGAAAGUGAUUUGCCAUCAUCCUCAACAACUAAUGUGAGAGAAGAUGCUCUGUCUAAAGUCUUAGGACACGAUAAACCUGGACGACUAAGAGGAAUGGGAAGAGGAAUGACCAUCAGCAAAUUGGCAUUCUUUCAGACUAAGGACAAGCAUGUGGCUAAGAUGCAAGAGCAACAAAUUAACAUGCAAGACAGGAUAAAUGAUUUGGAGAACUUGGUCAAUAAAUUAGUGAAAAAUAAGAUUCAACAAAGUGAGGAAGAGGAGAAAACAUCUCCAAUGAGCGUCAACACCAACUCAUUGAAUAAGUGCAAGCUACUAGAUUGGAGCGGAACAGAGGACAUUGUUGCUGAAGGUCGUUGGGUUUCAAGUGAUCCAGAAGAGUCUGUCAAUGAAAUUCCCUUGGGACCUAAUGCAAUGAAAGUCUUGGUUGAUGUCUCAAAUAAACCAGAUGCUUUUCUUUGGAGGCCUACAUCUAAUAUGUUUUGUUUUCAACAUGCUCAAGGUAAAACUAUAGCAUAGCCAGCUGACAGAGUUAUUUUUCAAAUGGAUCAGCAGUCUGAGGACCAAGACAAUUUAUCUAUGCCUUCGAGUUCGUAUAGCAACUCAAGGAACAAGUGCAAAUUAUUUGAUUGGACUGGAAAAGAUGAAAUAGUUGCAGAAGGACGUUGGCAUUCAAGUGAUCCAAAAGCGUUGGUAAAUGGUAUUCCUCUUGGACCUAAUGCCAUGAUAGUUUGGGUAGAUAUUCCAAAGAAUCAUGAAGCGUUUUUAUGGAGGCCUACAAUUGAUAUGACAUGCAUUGAAGAUGCCGUGAAUUCUGCUAUAGCAUGGCCUGCUAACAAAGUUGUUUUGGAAAAGAUAUCAGAAAGUCAAGAUGGUGAAAAUGCAUCCUCU